AUGGAACAAUCUUCCGCCGUGUACAAUGUCUACCGCGAGCUUGCAGGAGUGUCCAGUGACAAGACAAGCAUCCAUUCUCUCAAACAUCCACGAGGAUUGAACCAUCUAUUCCGACUUGCAGAAGACGUCUUCGUCAUAUCAAAAGAUCCGAAGCGACUGGUCUGGGCCAUCAAGGACCAGAAGCGCUUUCGUGCAGGACUCGACCAACUCAGGAUUCUUACAGACCACUUACAUGCGACAGUGUCCGACGAUAGAAUGGAUCAGGUCCUUUGGUCAACCCACGAAACAUCGCUCUCUAUGCUCCAACUCAGCAGGAGCCUCGAGGACAUGAAGGCUUUGCUUGCUGCUCAGCUUGAAACUAGCCGCCACGAUGCUAUGUGUGUGAAAGCUGGUAACAGAAAUAACGCACUUGAAUCACAACUGAACACAACCGUACAGAAAGUGACUUCAUUUGCUAUCCGCAUGAGUACUCUUGUGACCAAAGAGUCAUUGCUUCUGGGAGCACAAGACACUUCCACCUUGCAACUUCUGAUGGAUGUAGACGAUGGGUAUCGAACCUUGGCAACCAUUGAUCAGAAACCAGUAUGGAUUGAGUGGAGGGACUAUAANGAGAGUCGCAGUGAUAGGCAAAGGGGCAACCCCGAGUCUCAUCCUGACCCUCAGAGUGUCCAGAAUGUGGAGAGAUUGACCUGGUUGCUAAGUCAGCCAGAUCGACCAGAUGAGUUCCGUCUUCCUGGAUGCCGGGGGUACAUCAAAGACCGCGAUGAAGCUCGGUUCGGAGUUGUCCUAGACUCCUCAUUCGAUGGAUCACAAUCGCUGUUAUCUUAUCUUCGGGAACCCAACCUUGGUAUCGACAAAGACGCCAUCGCUCGACAGAUUGCCGAAAGCGUGUUAUAUCUGCAUGCUGUGAACUGGCUACACAAAGGCCUCCGAAGCGCUGGUAUCGUGUUUGACAGGACUGCAUCUGCAUGUAGGGAGAGUCCGGGACAGUUAUACAUGUCAGGCUUUGGAUUCUCCAGGCCCUCUGAUAACUCAUUCACAUCAAAUGGACCUCCACAUGACAGCAAGUGGUCGUUAUACUGUCAUCCAGGGUAUCUCGACUCGGGCAGAAAAAGCGGAUAUCGUAAGAUCUAUGAUAUCUACAGCCUUGGCAUCAUCCUGAUCGAGAUCGCGCAUUGGAAGUCCAUCGAUCAAAUUCUACAGCCGCUGCGCUCUGGUCGAGAUUCUGCAUUAGGUGACGAAAGACAAGACACCCGAGCUCGUAUCCUGGAUAGCGACACCAUUCUUGGACAAGUGCGGUUCAACAUGGGAGAGAGGUACGCUCAUGCUACUAGAGCUUGCAUAGAAGGGUUGACGGCGUUUGGCUUGAGCAGCGAUGUUGACGAGUCCAAUCCAUACGUGGCUGCACUACUUCAGCGGUCUUUCAUCGAGGUCGUUGUGGAGCCUUUGAAGAAGAUUGCAAUGUAG